CCGGGCCGGGGGCAGCGGGCAGCGGCCNCCAGCACCAUGGCAGCCCGGCGGUGCUGCUGCAGCCGCCUCCUCCUGCUCCUGCUGCUCUUCCCCGGCGGCAUCGGGCCGGCGCUGGGCAAGUCUCCGGGGGACCCUCCCAGCCCGCAGGAGGUGCUGAUCAAAGUGCAGGUGUAUGAGAGUGGUGACCUCUCCCCCCUGGCCCAGGCUGCCGUGGAGAUUUAUGGGAACCGGACCUCGCUGGCCUCAGGCUCCACAGACCAUGAGGGCAUUGGUGUGCUGCCCAUCAGCUACCGCUUGGGGACCUGGAUCCUAGUCACUGCCACCAAGCGGAGCUACGUCACCAACUCUGUGCCCUGGCGUGUCGACAAGCUGCCACUGUAUGCCUCUGUGAGCCUGUAUCUGCUCCCGGAACGACCCGCCACCCUCAUCCUCUAUGAGGACUUGGUGCAGAUCUUGCUGGGAUCACCAGGGGUCAAGAGCCAACCAUGGGUGCAGUUCCAGCGCAAGGCAGCUCGCCUGCCCCGCAGCUCCACAUACAGCCAGCUUUCUGCAUCACUGACCACGGCUAGUGGGGAGCAUGACAUGAAAGGCUUCCCAUCCUUCAUUGGGGCUGAGAACAACGGCAACGCCAACAGCACCUGGCUGGAGCUGGCCCCCAUCGCCGCCAUCAGCGUCCACCUCUUCACGGGCAAUGGCACCGAAGUCCAGCUGUCUGGCCCCGUCCACCUAUCCAUCCCACUGCCUUCUGACACCAGUGCCAUGACAGCCACCAGUGUGCCAGCUUGGAGGUUUGACACCAAGAGUGGCCUGUGGAUCCGUAAUGGGACGGGGCUGAUCAGGAAGGAAGGCCGUCAGCUGUACUGGACGUUUGUCUCUCCUCAGUUGGGUUACUGGGCAGCAGCACUGCCCUCCCCAACCACAGGGCUGGUGGCAAUGUCUGCAGGGAUGAAGGAUAUCACCACGUACCACACCAUCUUCUUGCUCACUAUCCUGGGUGCGCUGGCCCUGCUGGUCUUGAUUCUGCUCUGUCUGCUCAUCUACUACUGCAGGAGGAGGUGCUUGAAGCCCCGGCAACAGCACCGGAAACUGCAGUUAUCUGGGACCCUGGAUGCCUCCAAGAAAGACCAGGCCACCUCAAUGUCUCAGAUCAACCUGAUCUGCACUGGCCACAUGGAGACAACAUCAUCCAAUGGGGACACAGACAUGCACACGCCCAUCCUCAAAUCUGCCUUCUCCACCUCCCGUGAGUUCGAGAGCUCCCGCGAGGAGUUCUUCAAGCAGGUCUCCAGCCAGAAGCUGCGGCAUGUCAGCAAGGCCUCCACAGACACCCUUAGCCACCGAGGCGCCCCCAAAGAGGACUACCAGAGGCCUGGGGAGGGUUUCUCUUUGAAGGCAGCCCGCUCUAUGGAUGUGCCGGGUGCCCUGGAGCCCCCGCCGCUAGAUGAGUACAAACGCAGCUUCUCUCACCAGCGCAUGGAGGACAAGAGCACAGAGACACAGAGGAAGCACUCACGGAAUGAAAGCAAGCCCUAUCUGCAGGAGCCGCCCUCGCCCCCACCCCUGCCGCCCCCCUUCGACCACUAUGUCGGGCACAAGGGAGAGCCCAAACCCCCCGAGUUCAUGAUGUCGCAGUCUGUUGAUCACCUGGCCAGACCCACCUCCUUGACCCAGCCAGGGCAGCUCAUCUUCUGUGGCUCCAUUGACCACAUGAAGGACAACAUGUAUAGGAACGUCAUGCCCACUUUGGUCAUCCCAGCCCAUUACAUGCGGCUGGCAUCAGAUUAUCCGGGGCCGGACCAGGCUGGGGCUGCCAGUGCAGGCAGGGAUAGCCAUGCCCCACCAGUUUGGACCCCAGGACCAGCAGCGGCAGCUCCUCCAGCAGCAGCUGCAGCUGCAGCACCAGCAGUACCAGCAGAUGCAGCAGGCGGGGCAGCUGGGGGAGGACUCGGAGGGCAAGGCUGGGGGACUCACUCAUCCUCUGUCAGUGGCUCUGUCACCAUCCCGGUCCUGUUCAAUGAGUCUACCAUGGCCCAGCUGAAUGGGGAGCUGCAGGCGCUGACAGAGAAGAAGCUGCUGGAGCUGGGCGUGAAGCCACACCCACGUGCCUGGUUCGUGUCACUGGACGGGCGUUCCUCCCAGGUACGGCACUCCUACAUCGACCUGCAGACCAGUGAGAAGAGCCGCAGCAAUGAUGCCAGCCUGGACUCGGGUGUGGAUGUCAAUGAGGCCAAGCCCCACAAGCGGCCCAAGGAGGAGCGGGAGCGGGAGCGACCCAUAGCCCCUGCCCCGGCCCUCGCCCCAGCCCAAGCCCCAGCCCCUGCCAGUGUGGCCUACUCCAAGCUGAUCUUCACCGAUGACACGGAGCAGAGCAGUAGUGAGAGCCGCACAGCCAUCUGCUCCCCCGAGGACAACUCACUAACACCACUGCUGGACGAGAACGCCGACCACCGGGCUGCCACCAUCCCCCGCCGGGGCCGCAGCCGGGGCAACAGCUCCCGCAGCAGCAACAGUGAGCUGCGCCGGGACUCCAUGACCAGCCCUGAGGACGACAUGAAUGACCCGUCGGAGGCGGGGGAUGAGCAGGGGGACAAGAAGAGCCCCUGGCAGAAGCGCGAGGAACGGCCACUGAUGGUCUUCAAUGUGAAGUAAGCAGCAGGGGGGCUCGGCGCCCCACCCUCUCUGCCCCCCCUGCUCCCCAGCAGUGCCUGCCUCAGCUCAGCCAGUUUGGCAGGUGGGUGGGUGAGCUCCCUGCUCUGGGUACAGGAGGUGGCGGGGCCAGAUGCACACUCCUGUGGGGAAGCCCCAGGAGACUGGAGGACUCCACUCCCCCAAGGGGAUCACUGGAACCCUGUGAUCAGGAGGUGACAAGACACCUGGACCCCAUGGACCGCACAGACCUGCCCCACCCCACCAGAUUUCAUCUUCUCCUGGGUUGAGCUGCAUCUGGGAUCCAGAGGAAGGAAGGGACCUGCCCUGGAAGGCAGAGAGCGGAGAGCCACAGACCCCAGCCCAUCCUGUGUCUGCCCCAUCCUGGGACCUGCUGUCCAAGGCAGGGGAGGGGCGAGGCAGCCGCCUGGUCAGGAGCUCCAAAAAAGGGGAGACUACAAGGACCAGAUAGCACCUGUUUAAUCCACUGCCUUUAAUGCCAGGCCUGGUCUCAGCUGCUGCCCCCCUCUCCCCUUCCAGGCAAGGAGAUUGGGCUGGGGUGGGGGGACUGAGCGAGGCCAUGUUCCUCCUGCCAGCCUGAGCCAAUGCUGGAGUGAGGGUUCUUGCCAGGUGGGGUGGGGACAGAGCUCGCAGUGCCCCUGAAGCAGAGAAGGACAGCUGGGUGCCUGGAACUGGCUCUUCUGAAGCACACUGUAGGGUGGUUGGUGCCACCACAUGCUGCCUGCCUGCCCACCCGCCACCACCACCACGGGAGGUGCCAUGCACUCUGUCUGCCAACCCUGCCUGCAGGACAGGCCUGCGUGUAGCUACUCCUUCACUGAGCCAGAGCAAGAAACGGGCCAGGGUGCUCCCCCCUCAUGCCCCCCCUGCAUGGAUAAGACAGUGCCUGCUUGUGGUCGUGGGGUGGGGGGAUCCGUCAUCACCUUCCUCCCUGCGAUGGGGCUGGAUGGUGGCAGUCCCAGGCUUUUCCCGGACAAUGUCUCACUCCAUUCACCUGGCCCUGCCAGAUGGGUUUCGAGGCCUGGGCCCCUAAUAGGUGCCUGGCCAGUGCCUGUAGAUAGGGGAGGUGUUCUGAGGGGAGCCAGAGUCUUUCCAGUCUGUCGGGUGUCUAAUCAUACUGCCAAACCUCUGUAGCAGGAGGACCAGGAAUCUCCUCCAGUCCUUCCUCUGCCCUUGGAGUGCCCCCCCCCACAAAAAGGUGCCUGUGCUGUUCUGGUCCCAUCCCUCUCCAAGUGCCUUCCUGCCCCUUGCUCCCCCCCGCCCCCCCCAUGGGGGGAUGUCACAGCUGGGAAGUGUGUGCAGGAACAGGCUGCAGGCUAAAUCUGCCUUCCUGCCUAAGCUGCUUUCCCUUGGGCAGGUGGCUCCCUCCAGCCAGGCUGGCACAGCUUGGCAAUGUCUCCCUGGAAUCCUCCCCUGCACCCACCCCUGCCAAAGCGAAGCAGGUUCCAGCAUGGAGCCAGGGCAGGUGGGGGCCACUGCUGGAAAAGGACUGAGGGUGGACCAUGCGCUGGCGGGGGGUGGGGGCAGGGUGCAGGGAGCUGCUGGAUCUGUGCCACAAGGGCUUAACGUCUAAUAGGGAGUAAACCAGACUGUGUACGU